UGUGACCCCGCCCGCCUGCAGACGGACCUGCCGGAGCGGGAGUGUCCCGGCUGCGCGUGGAUCGUGCAGGACCGGAGGACCGGCCUGGAUUCAGCCUGGAAUCUGAGUUUUAUCCGUCCAGUAUCAACGCUACCACUACGCACAUCUAUUUUUUAUAUAUAGAUAUAUAGAUAUAUACAUAUCAAGCUCUCCCUCGGUGGGUUUCCAGCCUCUCCCUGCUGUGUUCCCGCCCGUCCCGGCACCUCGUUUUCGGGGUACAGAAUUCCCAGGUACAACUUCCUGAGCUGCUGGCUCUGCCCCCAUUGUGGGUCCGGUACAAACUGUGCCUUGGCAGCGCCCCAGCCCCCCCAGGACCCCCAUUUAUAGGGAUGGGUACGGAUCCACCUCGGAUUGAGCAGCUGGCGGGGCACACACACAGUUCGGGGGCAUCCAGUUCUCCAUUCCCUGGAGCUGGCAGGACCCAGGCUGGGCCCUGGGUGGUUUUCCAACAGCUGUGCUCCUCAGGGCUUGGUUUUCGUUGGAGAAAUGUUUUUUUUUUGUUUUGUUUUUUUUUUGUUUGUUUUUUUUUUUAAGGACUAAAAAAAAAAAAUAUGUCGUAAAACGUGUGUUGUGCUGUGUGAAAGGGAGAGCUGGGGAAGGGGGAUGUCCUUGUCCUUGUCCUUAUCCUGGUGCAUUAUGAGGGGUAUCCCCACCCCAGUGCAGGGAAGGUUGUCCUUGUCCAUCUCUAUCCCAGUGCAAGGUGUGUGUGGGGUCCUUCCCUGUCCCUGUGCGAGGUGUGUGUGGGGUCCAUCCCUAUCCCAGUGCGAGGUGUGUGGGUUCCAUCCCCAUCCCAGAGCCCCGGGUCCGUCCCCCGCCGCGAGCUGCCCCGCGGGGCAGUUCCAGGGCUAUGACACCUCCCCAACCCCAACCCCUCCUCUCCCCACCCUCCUCCAGUCCCGCCCCCUCCCCGUGUCCCCAAUCCCGCCCCGAUCCCGCCCAUCCCGCCGGGAGCCGGAGCGGAGCCGCCGGGGGAGGGAGCGGGGCGGGGCCGGGAGUGGGGUUGGGGUUGGGGUCGGGGCCGGUCCCGGGGGUGGUCCCGGGGGUCCCAGCCAUGCUGAGCCGUCUGGGAGCGCUGCUGCAGCAGGCGGUGGAGACGCGGGAGCCCAGCGUGGACCUGCUGGAAGCCUUCACCGAGCACUGGAAGGGCAUCACCGGCUACUACCUGGAGGCCACAGACGAGAGCAUCCCGGCCAGGCAGACGGACAUUCCCUGGCGCCUCAAGCAGAUGUUGGAUAUCCUGGUGUACGAGGAGAAGCAGCAGCCGGCGGGGGAGACGGGGCCGUGCCUCGAGUACCUGCUCCAGCACAAGCUCCUGGAGACACUGGGCACGCUGGGAAAGGCCGAGUAUCCCCCCGGGAUGAGGCAGCAGGUCCUGCUGUUCUUCAGCCGGGUGCUGGGGCAGGUCCAGCACCCCCUCCUGCACUACCUCAACGUGCACAGGCCGGUGCAGAAGCUGCUCCAGCUCAGCAGUGGCCGCCUGGGCUCGGGCACAGAGAAGGAGGAGGUGCAGUUCGCUGCCGUCCUCUGCUCCAAGAUCCAGCAGGAUCCCAGCCUGCUGCCGUAUAUCCUGGAGGGAAAGAGUGUCCUGAACGGGAGGAGAGCCCAGGAGCUGCCGGGCAGCCCCAGGGAAGAGGGUGUGGAGCAUCCCCCGGGCACCACUGCCAGCUGCCCCCCGGCCCAGCCCUGCCCACCACAGAGGGACAGCAACCUCGUCACCGCCCUGGUGGGGCUGUGCAGGAGCAAGAAGAGCCGAGUGGCGCUGAAGGCUCGGGAGAACCUGCUGGUGCUGGCGGGGCUGGCCCAGGAGGCGGCUGCUGCCUGCCUGGUGAGGAGCAGUGCCCUGUGCCCGCUGCUCACAGGGCACCUCUGCGAGCUGUACAGCGCCGUGCCCCCCGGCACCGACCCCGCCGACGUCCUCGCCAUGGACAGGCCCAGCUGGAGGUCGCAGGGGGACGCUGCCGGUGACGGGGUUUUCCCGGGGAAGGAGAGCCUGGCUGCCUUCCUGUGCUGGCUGGACUACCUGGAUGAGCUGGUGAUGGGGGCCCACCCGCUCGUGGCCGACGCCAUCACCGAGGCCGUGGAGGAGAAGUUUUUCCAGGGCGUCCUGCAGCCACAGCUCCUGCAGAUGUCGGAGCUCGCCGUGCUGGGCGCCACGGCCGUGCUGGCGGGGACGGUGCGGCAGAUCCGCGCCCCUGCCCUGCUCCAGCGCCUCGUGCUCUUCCUGCUGGGGCCUCACCGGCACCCCGAGACCCCCGGGGACGCCCCCCACGCCCUGCGAGCGCAGCUCAUCGACCGCUGUGACCACCUCUCCGACGAGAUCAGCCUGGCCAGCCUGCGGCUCUUCGAGGAGCUCCUGAGGAAGCCCCACGAGCACGUGGCUCACAACCUGGUGCUGAGGAACCUGGAGGCCAGGGCGUACCUGCAGCGACAGGAGCGCGGGCCCCCCGAGGCGGACCCCGAGGAGGACGGGCUGGAGCUGGAGGAGGAUCCCUAUUUCACCGACGGAUUCCCAGACACCGGCUUUGGGACAGCAAAUAACCCUCCCCCGGGCUCAGCCCCGGCGGGGAAGGGGCAAGUGAGCGAGGUGGUCAGCAGCUUCCUCUGCCUGGUCCCGGAGGAGGCAAAGACCUCCUCGUGCAUGGAGGAAGGUGGCUACGACACCUACGUGCACGAUGCCCUGGGCAUGGUCCAGACGUGUCGUGCCACUGUGGCCCCGUGGGGGUGGCCCUCAGCCCCCCGACCCCUCGAGUGCUGCCACCCUGGAGGGGCGUUUUAUGAAGGUCACUUCCUCAAGGUGCUGUUUGACAGGAUGAGCCGGAUCCUGGACCAGCCCUACAGCCUGAACCUGCAGGUGACCUCGGUGCUGUCCCACCUGGCCGCCUUCCCCCACCCCCACCUCCACGAGUACCUGCUGGACCCCUACCUCAGCCUGGCCCCCGGCUGCCGCUCGCUCUUCUCCGUCCUCGUCAGGGUGAUUGGGGACCUGAUGCAGCGGCUCCAGCGGGUGCCCCAGGCCAGGGCCAAGCUGCUCCUGGUGCGCCGGCAGCUCCUGGGGCUGGUGCCCGGCGAGCAGAUGGAUCACACGGUGCUCUUCAAGGGCGUGGUGGUGCUGGAGGAGUUCUGCAAGGAGCUGGCUGCCAUCGCCCUGGUCAAGGGGCCGCCAGAGGGGCCACCCUGAGCCCCUCUUGACCCCCCCCAAUUCGGCUGGGCUGCGGUGGCCACUGGGGGUGGCCAAACCCCAUGCUCUGGUAGCCUCCAGUGGCCCUGUCCUGACUGCCAAGAGCCAGGAACGGCCGUGGCACGCCGGGAGGGACCUCGCAGGAGGAAGAGGAGCCACCGAGUCCUUCCUCAGCACCUCGGGGGUGACGCCACCUCCCCGUGCAGGAUGUGGCCCCGCCGGGGGCGAGGCGACCGGUGCUGCGUGUCCUCCUGGGUGGUGGGUUCCUGCUCCCCCCAAACCUCCAGCAGGGAUUUUUUUUGGGGGGGCAAUAAUGGGGUGUGUGGGGCAGUGCCCCCCCCCGUCAGCUGCAAGGACUUGCUCGUCCUCCUCUGGUGCUGUGGCACAGGGGGGUGACAUGUGUGACAUGUGUGUGUGUUGGUGCACAGCACCUGCCCCUGGGUGAUGGGACUCUGCUCUAAUAAAGCUGUGAGCUCAGCACCA